GCUACGCCAUAUUGGUUGGUAUAGUGUAUACCAGUCUAGCAUUUAGAAAUUAGCGGUUCUUGAUUCGUUUGGGCUUUUAGCGGUUACUUUGUUGGUUUUUAAAACAUAUUAGGUUUACUGUCGAGUGACUAAACGAGUGCAUUUUAACAAAAAACGGGAUUCGGGAAAGGUUUGUUCGAUUACAGAAGUUGAAUGGAUCCGAGGGUAGCUUGGAUUCAGCCAGAACAGAAAGGACCUGCUAAUGCCUUGUGGAUGCAUAUAUGGGAGACCUCUCAGGGAGUCCGGACCAACUCAAACCAUCACCGUUACCACAAUAUCGCUGUUAACUCACCGGCUUUGGACUCGAUUUUUUUUAAAAACGUAACAGCAGCGGCUCCUAAAAGCUGCUGCAGCAGCAGCCGUCAGAGUCAUGCCAGCCAGAGCACUAGCAGCAGCAAUGAUAUUUCAAAUAGCAGCGCAAACUGCCCUCCUACCCAGUACACCAGCGCGUCAAAGGCAAACGAGGGGAAAAGUUUACAAAAGACCCCCUCUGUAUCUUCAUUUACGUCCUCCUCAGUGGAGUCUGGCACGGAAAGCCCUUCUCCCACCUUUUCUUUGGGGGGGACUAGUAAUGAUGAUAUAAAUAACAAGUCUGCUGGUAGCAAUUUAUUUUUCAAUUUCAGCGAGAACUUGAUCAAUGUGAAUAAUCGCAGCAACCAUCAGCAACAGCAAAACCACACUCGCCAUAAUUAUCACAGCCCUACCACGACUAGUAUAAACCACAACCCAGGCCGGAGGAAAAGUGAAAAUAAAGCGAGCACCUACGGGAUCAACUACCUGCUUUCCAGCUGGUGCAACAGCAAUUAUCAGCUUUGCUCCGGGACCCCCUGGAAAAAAAGAAAAUACAGCCCAGGCAUUAAUGGCCUUCAUGAAGAGAUUGUUGACUUCUAUGACUUCAUGUCUCCACGUCCUCAAGAAGCAGCGAUGCGUAAAGAAGUGGUGAGGAGGAUAGAAACGGUUAUAAAAGACCUGUGGCCGACAGCUGAUGUUGUGAUUUUUGGCAGUUUUAGUACAGGACUUUAUCUCCCAACAAGUGAUAUUGAUUUGGUUGUCUUUGGAAAAUGGGAGCGACCCCCUUUGCAGCUAUUGGAACAAGCACUAAGGAAACACAACGUGGCUGAGCCUUACUCAAUUAAAGUCCUUGACAAAGCUACGGUACCAAUAAUUAAACUCACUGACCAAGAGACUGAAGUAAAAGUAGACAUCAGUUUCAAUGUAGAAACUGGCGUGAAGGCAGCUCAGUUUAUCAAGGACUGCAUUGAGAAAUAUACCAUUCUGCCUUACUUGAUAUUUGUAUUAAAGCAGUUCCUCCUUCAGAGGGAUUUGAAUGAGGUUUUUACUGGUGGGAUUAGCUCUUACAGCCUUAUUUUAAUGGCCAUUAGCUUCCUGCAGUUGCACCCAAGAAUUGAUGCCAGAGGACCCAAUGUAAAUCUUGGCAUUCUUCUGAUUGAAUUCUUUGAGCUUUAUGGAAGGCAUUUUAACUACUUGAAAACUGGUAUUCGGAUUAAAAAUGGAGGUGCUUAUGUUGCCAAAGAAGAAAUCAUGAAAGUCAUGACUAACGGCUACAGACCGUCAAUGUUGUGCAUUGAAGAUCCUUUCUUGCCAGGAAAUGAUGUGGGCAGGAGUUCCUAUGGUGCCAUGCAAGUGAAACAGGUGUUCGACUAUGCCUACAUUGUGCUUGGUCAUGCUGUAUCGCCACUUGCAAGGUCUUACCCCAACAAAGACUCUGAGAGCACUUUAGGUCGAAUAAUUAAAGUGACCCAAGAAGUUAUAGAUUACAGGGAAUGGAUCAUAAAGAAGUGGGGAGGGAGAAGCAGCCCACGGUUGGAUCUUUGUGAUCCAGGUAUAAAGACAACUGAGCAGAUUGUACACAGCAGCCUGAAUCUUGUCGGUGAGCAACUGCAGAACCGUGAUUCUGUGUCGCCACAGAGCAUUGAUUCCCCAAUGUCCAUGUCCAGCCCCCAGCAGCACUCCUCUGGCUCAUCGGCAUCCUCUGUCUCAUCACUCUCUGGAAGUGACAUUGACUGCGAUUCAACUCCCUGCCCAGCCACAAACAUUCACCCAUUUCCAAUCCAAGCUCUAACGUUGUCCUCGCUAGCGCCUGCACUGCAAGUGCCGAAUGGGAAACCAAAUCUGCCUGGGGCAUUGAUAAUGUCUUCCAGCUCCCAAGCUAGAACGUCUGUCCCAGGUGCUCUUGUUACAUCACUGCCUGGCAGACAGGUUUGUAUAGAAGGGGCACCUCCUUUGAAUACUGUCCUUCAUAUGCCCCCUCCUGCUGCUCCCCCUGCCUCCCAUUGCCCUCUGCCAAGUCCACACCUUCAUCACAAGACGCACAACGGGCCUAAAUAUUCCAUAAAAGGAGUCCAUAUCCCAGUGACUGUCCACAAUCCCACGAUGGGGGCCAUGAAGCAGCCCGUUAACACCCGGGGGCACAACCAAUACAACCGUCCCACCUGGCGGAGAAGGAAGCACAUAAGAGAAAGCUUACCUGUCAGCCUUAGCACAUAAGAAGAUUGCUUCCCUGUCUUGAAGCUGGAGUUCAGUGACCUAUAAUCACUUUUAUAAAUGCCAGACAGAAACAAGACCAGCAUUCUCUAAUUCAGCCUGUGGAUAUCUGCUGUGGAUUCUUUGCAUGCUUCCUGUACGGUGGUCAGAAACCCAUCUUGCAGAUGAUAUUGUUCAGUGCUGAAUAUCUGUGAAGACUUAUUUUUGGAUGUGGUGUGUUUUUUUUUUUUUUUCUUGUUUUCUCCAUUCAGUACUGGACACGGCUCAAGUUGAUGACCUGCAAGAGCGUGAGGACACAACUGCCUUUCUGUUUUAAGCACUACUGUCAAAGAAAUGGCAACUUUAUGACUUCUACCCUUUUGUCUUUCAAAGAUUACUGUCUCUUUCUUUUUUCAUACUCAUUACACUUUUUUACUACGUGUACAUAAUGGAACAAAUUGUUUAUCAUUUGUGCAAUAAUUGUUUUUAGAAAAAAAAUAUUUAAUUGUUAUGAAUGUCUGUCUAUGUUAAGUUAUAUCAAUGUUGGAAGGUUUUUUUUUUUUUUGAUUGCUUUGAGUUUACAAACCUUUUCCAGGUUGCAUUCUUUCAGGUUUAACAUUUUAAAUGAACAGUGUUGAAUGGAAUAAUGGUUUGUUAGGAGAGGACUGCUCUUAAUGAUACAAAGGCAAAACUUCUCUCAAUUGGGAAUGUAAGUUAGGUUGCUGAACUUCCAUGAAAUAAAUUUCCACUAGAUGAAGCUGUUGUAAAAAUAAUGCUUCAAAAGCUCCACCUGAUGGAAAUUGAGAACCUGCCUAUCUUCACCAAAGCCUAAUUGUGUUGUAUUAUUUUCUUCCUGUAUUUGUUUUAUUUGUUUAUAUGGGAGAAAAGAUGGCAGUACCAGAAAUGCUUUAUUUAUUUUGUAUGAUGUUUUAUGCAAGUAGCAGAAUAUUUGGGAGUUACUUUUGUUUUUUGUGUUCUCUCUGAAUUUCAGUCCCAGUGUUCUCAUUCUCCUUGAAUAUUCCCAAAAUGUCAGGACCCAUGAUUUUCUCAAGUGCAGGAUAAAAUGAAGAUGGUACUGAGCUUGCUUUUUCUCAUAGUUUCAGUCUGGGGUCAACAGUUGUCUUUGUCAGACAUUUGUCUAAAUUUUACUUGUUUUAAAUUUUGUCUCCACAAUUGCUAUAGUGGAAUCCCAGAAAUGUCUUUUGAAUUAACCACAUGAAGGGGGUGGGGUGAGGGGGAAGUCAAAUUAAAGUGCAGUGAAUUAGGAACAGUUUAAAAUCUGUGUUCAUUUAUGUAACCUGUGUUUAUGCAAGGGAUCCACAAAAAUAUUUGCUUAAGUGGUACCCAGUAAACCGAAUGGAGAAAGGAAUUAUUUUGAUUCCGUUCGGGGAAUCUGUACAGCAGUAUGCAUUUGUUGUUAGAGCAACAGAGUUUGUUUACAGUAUUGCAUCGUGGUGCAGCAAGUAUGUGGUGCACACACUGCAUUGCUGACACUUAAAAUUUACUGAUGCAUACAGGUAUACUAUGCAAGGUUUUUUUUUUUUUUUUUUUUGUCACUCCCCCCCCCAAUUUUUAUGAAUUCCAUGGUAGCCACUGUUUUGAACUAAGGAUCAGACUGCCUAGCCCUGAGUUUUAAAUGUACCAUGGUGGUUCGAAUGGAUAAGUCAUAAUCAUCCAUGCUGCUUGUUUUGUGUAAGUUUAGAGAAGCUAUUUGUUUUUAAAUUGCAGUUACUUAUCUCCAUUGAACACUACUAGGCAAUAUAUCUUCCAACAGUGGUUGAAAGCGUGUUUUAUGGAAAUGCCUCAACUUUUAGAAUGUUGGCUUGAAAAAGGAACUGAAGCAGAGUUUCAUAUGCUGCUGUUUUUAAAGGCAUAACACAUUGGAUCAGUACAUCUUUAGCAGCAAGAAAGCCAACUGCCACGUUGCAUGCAAUUAUUUAGAUAAGUUCUCUUUGUUUUUACAUUCCAGUGGAGAGAUGCAAUUUACAGUUCUCUACAGUCAUUUUAAAUCAGAAAAAAAUUAAUUAGGCAAAGUGCAUUACAUGUAAAUGCUAUCAUGUUUCAUGCUACAGUAUAUGGAUUUAUCAAGUUUUAUGUUAAGUUAGUGCUUUUGUAUUUAUGCAGACAAUACUCAAAUUGGCUUUGGCUAUUACUGCCUUUAAACGUGGCAAGCAUUUUAGUGCUAGAUUUCUCACAUCAUGCUUCAUUAGUUAUGAUGAACCAAAAAAAUUGCCUGGCAGCCACUGGUUAUAUCUUAACUGGUCACGACACAGAAGGAAGUUGUGUGUGUGGUGUGUUUUUUUUUUUUUUUUUU